CUGGAAAAGCCAAUGAUGCAUCAGGAUAUUAAACCAUCCCUGAGGCCAUGCCAUUACCUACAGGUGCCUCAAGACGAAUGGGGAGGGUACCCAGGGAUUAACAAAGAUGAUGAGAUCCCCUGUAGGAGGAUGAGGAGUGGGAGUUAUAUCAAAGCCAUGGGAGACGAUGAAAGUGGAGAGUCUGACACCAGCCCUAAAACAUCACCAAAGGCAGCCAUUCGACCAGAUUCCCUUGUCAAAUCUGCAGGGCAGAGACCACAUGGAGACCACCAAAUGUAAGAGUUUGUAAACAUUAUCAUUAAAAACUGCAUACCACAAGCUGCAGAUAAUGUAUGCUGCAUUCAUUACU